CCAACAGUUCUACUAUUUUAUCGUACGUACAUUGGUAGCAGCACGAACGCGACGCGGCAGAUUAAUACAACCGUCAUCGAACUGCGUCUUCAGUCAUCGCGAGUACACUGACGCGAGAGUAUGCGCUGCCGUUGCUAAACGUUCUCUCUAUCAACGGAUCGAACGUGUCUGGAAAUGGAUUGGUGGCCGAUAAUCGCGGCCGUGUUGGCCGUAUUAGCAGUAGUCUACUACCGAGCCACUCGUAACUAUGACUUCUUCAAGAAACGUGCGAUUCCGUACGAAAAACCGAUGCCGUUUUUAGGAAACAUGUGGGAGGCAUUCUUUCAACGACUGUCGUUCGCCGAGAUCAUAGAAAAGAUUUACAAUUCGAAUCCCGAGUCAAAGUAUGUCGGUUUCUUCGAGUUCGAUUCGCCACUGCUCAUGAUUCGAGAUCUCGACCUGAUCAAGUCCAUCACCGUGAAGAAUUUCGAUCACUUCCCAAAUCACAGAAUGGCUUUUGAAGCGGACCUGGAGCCCCUCUUCUCCAAGAACAUAUUUUCUCUGUGCGACGAAAGAUGGAGGGAAAUACGGAACCUGUUGACACCGGCCUUCACGUCCAGUAAGAUGAAGUCCAUGUUCGUGUUGAUGCGCGACUGUGCCAAAGAGUACGGCGAUUAUUUCGCAUCCUUGCCCGCCGACCAGCCGACUUUGGAGUUGAAAGACGCGUUCACCAAGUACACCAACGACGUGAUUGGCACUUGCUCGUUUGGCAUUAACGUCAAUUCGAUGAAGGAUCCGGAAAACAAGUUUUACGUGUAUGGCAGAGAGUCAACCAGCUUUGGAAGAGCGCAGUCUCUCAGGUUUUUCGCAGCGAGACAUUUUCCGUGGUUAUGCCGACUGCUCGGUAUCAAGGUAUUCAAGCAGAAGAUCGUCGACUUCUUCACGGACUUGGUAGCCAGCACGAUAAAAUUCCGAGACGAAAACGGUAUCGUUCGUCCGGACAUGAUUCAGUUGAUGAUGGAGACUAGAGGGAAAUUGGGGCCAGGCAAAGAGUUGACCAUCGACGACAUGACUGCUCAGGCGUUCAUCUUUUUCUUCGGUGGAUUCGAGAGCACCUCAACUCUCAUGUGCUUCGCCGCUUACGAGAUCGGUAUCAACGACCAGGUACAGAAAAGAUUGCAAGAUGAGAUCGAUCAGGUUUUGGAGGAUUGCAACGGCCAGGUUACGUACGAGGCCAUCAACGGCAUGAAGUAUCUGGAUGCUGUCAUUCUCGAGAGUCUUCGGAUGUACCCGUCGGCGGUCGCUACCGACAGAGUCUGCGUGAAACCGUUCGAAUUGCCGCCACACGUGCCGGGAGCGAAGCCGUACGUCGUGCAACAAAACGACAGCAUAUCCAUACCGAUUUAUGGCAUUCAACACGAUUCACAGUACUAUUCAGAGCCCAAGAAAUUCGAUCCCGAUAGAUUCUACGACGAUCCGAAACAGAUGUCCAACUCUCUCUCGUUCCUCUCGUUUGGGUUGGGUCCCAGGAUGUGUAUCGGCAACAGGUUCGCUCUAUUAGAGACGAAAGUGUUGCUUUUCUACAUUUUCGCCAAGUGCGAUCUCGCGCCGUGCGCCAAAUCUUCCAUACCGUUGAAACUGGACAGGAAUGGAUUCUCUAUGACGUCGGAGAACGGGUUUUGGCUGAAAAUCCAGCCGAGAAAUGCAAAGAGAGCGGAGCCCGAGAAGAUUGCCAUCCCAGGGACGACCAUGCUCAUCGAGAAGGUUCCCGACAGAUAUCCCGACAAUUAAGUUACGUUGCACCAUACACGACGCUUGCAAUAUCCGUUGUUGCAACUUCUUCGUCUGCCUAGGGAUACGUUUCUUCUUAGCCUGGAUCUUCGAAAGCGAGUUUACGAUCUAAGUUUGUUUCAAAUCUUUUUCCUAUUAGGCGUAAUAUGCUGUAAUGGAAUGUGAUAUAUGUAAAAUGUAAUGUAGUUGCAAUGUAUUAGUUGUAAUAUAGGGAUUUUGUAGUGUAGAUUUUGUGUGUAGAAGAAAAUAAAUCGGAAGCGAGACUCUCGUUUUAGCUCGUAAAAUGUACGAUUUACGUGUAUGUACAAAGAUGGUGUCUCCUGCUGCAAACAUGUUGGAAACAUGUUUAUUCAGUUUCUUCUAUUUAGUCAAAAUGCACAAGUUACGAACGAUUAUACGCCCAUUUGUGUUUUCGAGCAUAAGGUAGGAUUUAUCUUGUUUCUUUCUUUUUUUUUCAUUGAUUUUUUUGUUUCGCCAGGAAAAUUGUUAAUUUUCAGAACGUCGACGAUAUUAUCAAAGAAUUUUCUGUCGAUUCCUACCAUCUAGUCUCACGGAAUGUAUGGGAAAUAGCCGUGAAUUUUCUGGUCGAUAGGAAAAAUUUUUUAGAUUAAAAUAAGAUAAUAAUCUUCUGUAAAUUUCUUUUUUUAAUAUGUUUUUAUGAAGAUUUAAUAUAUUCUUUGUUGCGAGAAAUAUGCGUUAUUCGUUAGAUGUAGAUUUGUUGUGCUAUUAAAUAAAAUGACUAUUCGAGAUAAAUAUACUGACUUUGA